UGGCGAAGUAGACCGCCUCAUGUGCAGCUCCGCGUAUUCCCGGGCUGCUGAACUACAUUUCCCAGAGACCCCUGCGCCGCUCCCUCCCCGGAGUCGGAGCGCCCGGAGGUGCCGCCUGGGAGAGGUUUACUGCGCGGAGGAUUGUCUGGGUUCAGCAUCCCGUGGCCGCGGUCCCGAGUUGACAUCCAGCCUUGCGCCCCCUCCCGACGCCCUGAGUCCUGGGGUCCCGAGAGGCAAGCCGUCCUCCGGAACAAGCACCCUGAAGGAAGAAGACUCGUAGCGCAUCUUAAAGUCAAGAAACCCCAAGAGGACAGAUCAGUUGAUUCUAGAACUAUGGCACACGGUUUGGUGACAUUCUCAGACGUAGCCAUCAACUUCUCUCAGGAGGAGUGGGCGUGCCUGAACUCCUCACAGAGGGACCUGUACUGGGACGUGAUGUUGGAGAACUACAGUAACCUGGUCUCCCUGGAUUUAGAGUCACCAUAUGGGACCAAGAGUUUGCCUACAGAAAAGGGCCUUUAUGAAAUGAAUUUAUCCAAAUGGAACUCAAAUGGAAAAUGUAAAUCCCUUGGCCUUGACUGGAUGUGUGAAGGUGAGUGUGAAAGACCACGGGGCCCUCAAGAGGGCUGUUUCAAUCAAAUGAUAAUCAACUGUGAGAAAACGCCUGCUUGUAGAGAAAAUACCUCUGUUAGACCACAGCAGAGACUUCAUACUAGGGAGAAUUCCUAUGAAUGUAAGGAAUGUGGGAAGGCCUUUAGUCGUGGCUACCAGCUCACUCAGCAUCAGAAAAUUCACACGGGUGAGAAACCCUAUGAAUGUAAGGACUGUAAAAAGGCCUUUCGUUGGGGUAAUCAGCUCACUCAGCAUCAGAAAAUCCACACUGGUGAGAAACCCUAUGAAUGUAAGGACUGUGGGAAGGCCUUUAGAUGGGGUUCGAGCCUCGUCAUUCAUAAGAGAAUCCAUACGGGAGAGAAACCCUAUGAAUGUAAGGACUGCGGGAAAGCCUUUAGACGUGGUGACGAACUCACUCAGCACCAGAGAUUUCACACUGGGGAGAAAGACUAUGAAUGCAAAGACUGCGGCAAGACCUUUAGCCGUGUGUAUAAACUAAUUCAGCACAAGAGAAUUCAUAGUGGUGAAAAACCCUAUGAAUGUAAGGACUGUGGGAAGGCCUUUAUCUGUGGCUCGAGCCUCGUUCAGCAUAAGAGAAUUCAUACUGGUGAGAAGCCCUACGAAUGUCAGGAAUGUGGGAAGGCCUUCACUCGAGUCAAUUAUCUCACCCAGCAUCAGAAAAUCCACACUGGUGAGAAACCUCACGAAUGUAAGGAGUGUGGGAAGGCCUUUCGCUGGGGUUCGAGCCUGGUUAAACAUGAGAGAAUUCAUACUGGUGAGAAGCCAUAUAAAUGCACAGAAUGUGGGAAGGCCUUUAAUUGUGGCUACCACCUCACCCAGCACGAGAGAAUCCACACGGGUGAGACGCCUUACAAGUGCAAGGAGUGUGGGAAGGCCUUCAUCUAUGGGUCAAGCCUCGUUAAACAUGAGAGGAUUCAUACAGGGGAAAAGCCCUAUGAGUGUAAAGAGUGUGGGAAGGCCUUUAGUCAUGGCCAUCAACUUACACAGCAUCAGAAAAUUCACACUGGUGAGAAGCCUUUUGAGUGUAAGGAAUGUGGGAAGGCAUGUCACCACGUGAACCAUCUUAGAGAACAUCCAAGUGUUCACGCUGCUGAUAAACCUUUUGAACAAAAAGAAAGGACAGAAAUUUCUAUGCAGCAUUCCUUCCUUCCACAGCACAAGGAAAAUCCAUGAUACAGUUUAGCAUGGGAAAGCCUUCACUGGUCACUCUCCUGCUUUCUUAUAGCAUCUCAGAAUAGUCAUGCUCAAGGCAGAUUUGGAGAAUGGAGAAAUCACUUCUUCAUGAUCACAACACACUAAGUGUAGACUUGUUUUUUGUGGGUUUUUUUGUCUUGCUGAAUUGGUUUCAUGGGUAGAUAGAAGCCUCCCUCCACCAUUCAAGCUCUAUCUCAGAUUUGUUCUAGGGAAUAACUCUGCUAAUGGAACCCAUGUGGGAGAGCGUCCCGCCAUGGUACACACCCUCCCUUACCAUCACCAUCCCACCCCUUUACUCCUGUGACACACUGGAAAAAUGACCUUGUUACCCCUGUGCGUUGUGUGUGAGAUGGGGACAAUCACACCUGCCUAAUACUGCUGUUGUGGUGACUGAGUUUGGUACAUGUAAACUCCGGCGGUGUAUCUGGAAUACUGUGUAUGCUCAAUAAAUAUUAGCUGUUGUUCUUACCAUCAUCACCGUUAGUGUUGCUCUUAGUGAACUCCUACAGGAACACCCCCCGUGGGCACAAGAAUUUAGAAAAGACGGUCCAACUUGUAGAAGGAAAUACGGGAGAUUACUGUCACAGCCUUGGGUGGACGGUGUUCCUUAGUACACAGAAGAUGCGAAACAUAAAAAGUUUAUACGUUGGACUUCAUCGAAAGUACAGAGUUCUGUUCAUCGAGUGACACCUCAAAGACUGAAAAAAGUCAGAGGCAUACUGGGCAAUGUAAUAAUUCUCCAUGCACCUGACAGAGGACGCAUAUAGAACACAGAAUCCCCCAAGUCAGUAAAAAGUCUGUUUUAAAGGGGUGAGGGGACUUAAAUAACCACUUCCAAGAGAAGUUGGCCAAAUGGUCAGUGAGCAAGUGAAAAUGGGCUCAACUUCAUUUUUCAUCAAGGAAAUGCAAAGUAAAACCACCAUGCAGCUUCACUAGACACUCACUAGAAUAGUUAACAUUAAAAUCACGUAUGAGCCUGUCACUUUGUUGGGUGGUCACAUGCGAUCUGUUCAGGAAGGAAUGGGACCAGUACUCGGGACCUCCACCAGAUCCUGGAGGUCCUGCAGCAGGGGCAAAGAGGUGAUGUUUGAGGAGGGCAAGUGACUGUGUCCUGUGGGAGGGGCCAGGGCCCAGGAUCCAGUCCUGGAAGAGUUGAGGGAGCUGUUAGACUCAGGAUGGGCCUAAGCCAUCUGAAGUUGUCAGCCCUGGAGAGAAGGGUGUGGGUCCUUUUGUGGAAAGAACCAGAGCCCACAGGAGUGAGUUGAGAAGCAGGAAGAGGGGUGGAAGGGCCUGGUGUUGGGGGGAGGAAUGGCUAGUGCUCAGGUCCUGGGAGACCCAAGGAGAGUCCAGGGUAGCCUUCAAGAGCUGGAAGACUUGAAUGCUCAUGAGUGUGGCCUGGGAGACCUAAGGAGAGCCUUGGCACCAUGCUGGCUGUGUGGUUAGAGCACAGAGGAGUGUCUCACAGAGGUCAACAAGGAUCCAGAGUCGGGGGUACAAAUAGGGCUUAUGUGUGGUUUGCCCCAGGGCUGGGGUGCCAGUAUCCAUAGACUACAGGUGUGGGUGGGUGCUGUCCUGAAUAAAUGGAGGAGGUGGAGGAGUAAGGAGAGGAGUGUGGUGGGGAAAGGACAUGAGGGGAUAGAAUUGGAAGGGUAGCAUGGGGGGCCAUAAAGAGGAGGAACAGGAGGGUCACAGUGGAGACAACACCGACAGACUGGAAGCCCCAGGGGAGAUGCAGGACACUGUCUGGACACACAAGGGUGAUCCGCAGAAUGAAACCAGAAGAUUGUAUGUCCAUCAGGACUCCUAGUUCAAGGAACAAAAACCUAUUGAAAGUAGCCAAAGGGAGUAGGGUGGGGAGAAAAAAAAUGGGCUUGUGCAGAGGAGUCACUGUGAUAUAGCCUCUACACAACACCUCAAGAUACCUGCCCUGAGU